AUGAAUACUCGACUUUCACUCCUGUCAAAUAUCUCAUAUCUUCCUUCCUAUAAACCAAAAUCCCGGACAACUGAUGUGAUGCUUGAAGGAGAAGAAGACUGGAUCAUGCUGAUCAAGGAUGCUUGGGACCAUGUACAGAAUAUGCGUGGAAGAAAACCUAAGGCGUGGACAAUCCGUAUCUUUGACAAAAGCCCAACAGAAACAGGCAAAGCAAAGGAAAAUGAUGAUUGUGCAAAGAGCAGGAAGAAAUCAAGUGCUACUGUACCAAGUGAACAGCUUCCCGCAUCGCAUUCUGAUGCAGGAAUUCUGGUAGCCAUUCAAGGCAAAAAUCACUGCAACACAUGUCAGACAGCAUGCUACGUCCUUGCUAAUGGUGAUCAUUAUUGUUUCAAUGAUGAAGAUAUGAAUACGUGGGUCCAACUUGCAUCCCGACACCAGGCAACAGUCAAUGAUCCACCAAGCUGUAUCCUUGCAAGGCUUGGUGAAAAGCUUGGUCACCAAAAGCAUUGCAAUGCUCCUACACUGCCACCACCACCAUCUGUGCCACCUGUUCCUCCGCAAACUCCUUUGGCACCCGCUCCAGCUACUGAUGCCAUUGCACAGGCCAUGACAAUGGUGGGCACAGUCACACCGCUUCUCGCGAUGCUAAUGAAUGGAAAUUGUGGCUCCCGACAGCAUUCCCCUCCACGUACUUCUUCCUCGAAGCGCCACCAUGCAGAUAGCUCUCCAGCUCCUGCAUCAUCUCCGUACAAGGCAUCUCCAUCCAGAAAUGAAGAGCUACUCAUCUGGCUUCCCAAGGUUGAUGCAGAUGUGGAAUGUGGAAAACGGAAUGCAAGCUAUGUGCAAUAUGGUGGUAUCUUGACUGAAAAAGGGAUCUUUGAUCUUGAUGAUCUUGUUCGACUCACUAGUGAACGCCUUGAAGCAUUUACCGGAAUGGCAUAUGGGUUUUGUGAUCGUCUUCUCCGUUACGCUCGGGAGGAUAUGGGUAUAAAGUUACCAAAGAAGGCUCGUAUUGGACAAUAG